UCUCUAUUAAUUCCCUAGUCCCAUUUUAAGAUAAAUGAAGCGCUUUAACUUUUUCAGAGAAGGGUGCGCAGCAAUAUUUUCCAAGUUAGGGGAGAGGAUGCAAGCUGCUCCUUAAAAAUUAGAUACCUGUGCAUUGGGUUUCAGAGCGAGUUACUGUUUUCACAACCAAGUGGAAUCCAACACUUAUAAAACAAUGCCAAGACAGAAGACAGGAAAAGAGAAAAGUAAAAGAGCGCCCCUGCCUGUCGUUCCAACUCUUCAAAAGUUCCUGAAAACAUAUGAGAAGCACCGUGCCCAGACGCAGACGUCUGUGUGUCCAGCCAUCAAAAAGGACUUGAAAACCAGCAUCGACAAGGAACAGAUGCUCAGGAAGUUUAUACUCGUAAGACCCGAUGACUCCCCGCCAAGCAUCCUCCCGAUUUCCUUGGAACCUUUGCUCAUGGCAAUUCGAGAUGAGCGUUACACACUGGGGAAACAGAUCUGCAUCUGGGGCUUUCAACUGAGCAACCCGGAGAUUGCCAGACUUGCUUCGCUUCUGGAGUUGAAGGGGCGCACAGCCUGCCCACUGGCCACCCUGGAGCUCAUCGACUGCAGGAUGGAUCCGUGGGCUCUAGGGAGACUUGGGCAGGCUCUGCAGUGCAGCAGAUUGCAUUCUCUUGUCCUCGAUUACUGCAGAUUUGAAAAUGAAGACAUUGAGAGCAUUUUCUUAGGCCUGGAGAGCAACCGAAGGCUUCAGGGACUCAGCCUGCGCUACUGUGGCCUGGGGCCCCAGAGUGGGCCCCGCCUGGGCUCCGUCAUACGCCACAGUGCCAUCUGCGAGCUGCACCUGGAUGGCAAUUACUUGCAGUGCUCCGGAGCGCGGGCCCUCCUCAGGCCUAUAGCCGAGCACGCAGAGAUGCGGGGCAGAGGCCCGCCGGCCACAGCCUCACCGGACUCCCCGGGUCCCCCUCGCACACUCCCAGGGACCAAGAAAAAAAUGAAAGGUUUGGCUGAAGCUGGUCCUUGGUUAGUGAAAUUAUAUUUGGCAGAUAAUGGCAUAGACGGAAAAGGGAAUGGAGGAGAAAACGCUUUGUUGGAAUUCACUCAAAUCUUAACAUGCCUGAUCAAAUACUCUGCCCACUUAAGGGAAAUUGACCUUGGAAACAAUGUGGUUGGAGAAGUGGCUGCUGUUGACAUCCUUGAAGCACUGAGAGCCAGAAAGACAGGUAAACUCCCAGUCUUAAAAAUUACAGUCACUCCUCAGAUCUCUUCAGACACCUUCAGGUCUAUUUGGAAAAUUAGCAAGAAACCUAAAAUUACCAGUAAAAGGAAGAAAAAGGUAUGCACUUAAAUGCUAGUCACAGCCACCAGGGGGUGUUAUAUAGAGCCCGGGCAUUCAGCUGGGGUAGACUAUCACAGCAGAUUUUGCACUUGAUAACACCAUAUGAAUUUUGGUUCUAGGUAACAGUCCCCU